AAGUUGAGACAAUGACACAGUUGUCUUCCUGGAAACGUGGCGCGGACAAACAAUGGAGCCAUGUCACCCCCUCAAACUUUUUUUUUAAGUAGCACAGCUUAAUGAUGCAUGAUGUCAUUUUUUGUGGUUUAAAUGCCCAAUUUUAACCUUGGGCUAUCAGCGGGGAAGAACUUUGCACAUAGAUCUACACGUCUGUAAUGCCUGAAGUAUGUGUGGUCUCAAACCACCAAGACCAUCUGUGACUCCGAACAGUGGCGUUCACGUGUAGACCUCGUCUCCAAGUCCUGUGCCAGGUUUGAAGUUCAAGUACUACUAGUGUGAGACAUGGACUGGAAGACCUUCCAAGCCCUCCUCAGUGGGGUGAACAAAUACUCGACAGCUUUCGGGCGAGUGUGGCUGUCGGUGGUGUUCGUGUUCAGGGUGAUGGUGUAUGUGGUGGCAGCGGAGAGAGUGUGGGGCGACGAGCAGAAGGACUUUGACUGCAACACCAAGCAGCCCGGCUGCGCCAACGUCUGCUACGACCACUUCUUCCCCAUCUCCCACAUCCGCCUAUGGGCCCUGCAGCUCAUCUUCGUCACUUGUCCCUCCUUCAUGGUGGUCAUGCACGUGGCGUACCGUGACGACCGGGAGCGCAAGCACCUGGCCAAGCACGGAGACGCCCCCAAGCUGUACAACAACACGGGCAAGAAACACGGCGGCUUGUGGUGGACCUACCUGAUCAGCCUCUUUGUAAAAACGGGCAUCGAGGUCUCCUUCCUCUACAUCCUCCACCAUGUGUACGACAGCUUCUACCUACCAAGGCUGGUCAAGUGUGAGGUGUCCCCCUGCCCCAACCAGGUGGACUGCUACAUCGGCCACCCCACCGAGAAGAAGGUCUUCACCUACUUCAUGGUUGGAGCGUCGGCCCUCUGCAUCGUCCUGAACAUCUGCGAGAUUGUGUAUCUCGUCUCCAAGCGCGUUGCACGAUGCGCUAACAAGUUCAAGAGGCGCAAUCGCAACAUUGCCACGCGUCACGACGACUUCAACGACGACCCCUUCAACAACUGCAGCAAGCCGAUGACGAGGCUGGACACGAAGGAAAGACCUCCGUCCUUCAAGGCCGUGUUCAAGUCUUCAUACAGGCCUUCCAUGCUGAAACUUGAAGAGAAGAUACGGGCCUCUGCUCCCAACCUGUCCACUGCGUCAUGAUCAUAGGUCAGGGUAAAGAGCAAGAGCUCAGGGGUGUUUGGGCUCGAACCCAAUGACAAACCUCAAAAAACAGACUCGGGGCCAUGAGCCAAACUACAGUACAAUAUGUGCUAGUCUCUGGAAACUGAGUCAUCAGUACCGGAUUCAUGACAUCGAGAGACUCUAAUGGAGAGCACAAACUUUGGUUUCCAAGUCAACAUCCACAAUAUUUAAAAGUCCUUUAGAGACAAAUGUAUUUGUUUAUGAUAUGUGAUGUUCCCUUUGAAUACAAUAAAGGUCAGUGUGCCUUUCCAGCUUCA